CAUAAAAUCCAUCUUCCUUGCCUUAUAUUUCAAUGAAUCCUGAUAAAUAUUUUCUGCCGUUUCUACUCUUUGCAAAUCCUUCAUAUACAGACAGCAGGCUAGAGAUUAAGUCUCUACCAUAACACUAUUCCAGACACAGCCUCCCAGAAGAUCUCGUCCAUGGAGAAAUCUAUCAUAGCCCUUAAUAGAUACUGGUUUGUCAUCUUUGUUGUCUCUUUUUUGUUCUUUCUCUUUCUGUAUUCUUUUGAUUAUAAUCCAGCUUUUUUAAGCAAUAACUCUUUGUUCAAUACCCGAAGGAAGCCUAAUCAUGAUCCAAAAUCCAAUGAAACACAUCCUAUAGAUUCUUGUUCAGGUCGUUAUAUAUAUGUUCAUCGUCUUCCUCCAAGAUUCAACGACCAUGUCCUCCAGAAUUGCACUUCUCUUUACAGAUGGUACGACAUGUGCCCAUUUGUAGGAAACUCAGGUUUUGGUAUGCAGUUGGGGAAGAGCUGGUUUGCAACCAAUCAGUUUCUUUUAGAAGUCAUAUUUCGUAAUAGAAUGAAUCAAUAUGAUUGUCUGACAGAUGAUUCUUCUUUGGCUUCUGCCAUUUUUGUACCUUCCUAUUGUGGCCUUGAUCUCGGCCGCUACCUCUGGGAUUACAACGCAUCAGUUCGAGACACUUUGAGUCUUGAUCUUGUCAGGUGGCUGGCAAAACAACCUCAGUGGAAGAGAAUGUCUGGUAGAGACCAUUUCUUUGUUGCUGGAAGGAUUUCUUGGGAUUUUCGAAGAGAUAUCAAUAACGACGAAGGUUGGGGAAGCGUACUUAUGUCGUUGCCUGAAUCUAUGAACAUGACAAUGUUGACAAUUGAAUCAAAUUCUUGGACUAAUGAAUUUGCAAUCCCAUACCCAACUCACUUCCAUCCUUCAACUGACAGUGAGGUGAUUCAAUGGCAGGAAACAGUCAGAAAACAUAAAAGAAAAUACUUGUUCUCUUUUGCAGGCGCACCGAGACCUCUUCUAUCAGAUUCAAUUCGCAGUCAGAUCAUAGAUCAAUGUGUAGCUUCAGAGAGAUUAUGCAAGUUGCUGGAUUGUAAUUCAGGACCAAACAAGUGUGACAGCCCAGUUGAGGUGCUGAAGUUAUUUCAGGACUCAAUUUUCUGCUUGCAGCCUCCUGGAGAUUCCUACACCAGGAGAUCAACUUUUGAUUCUAUUUUGACAGGAUGCAUUCCAGUUUUCUUCCAUCCAGGAUCUGCUUAUGCACAGUAUUUCUGGUAUUUUCCAAAGAAUUAUACAAAGUACUCAGUGUUCAUACCAGGGUACCAGGUGAAAAAUGCAAGCAUCAGCAUCAAUGAGACAUUGCUCCAAUUUUCUGAUGAACAGAUAAUGGAUAUGAGAGAGGAGGUUAUCAAGCUAAUCCCAAAAGUAAUUUAUGCAGAUCCCAGUUCUAAACUAGAGACCAUAGAAGAUGCAUUUGACAUAGCAGUAAAGGGAGUCCUUGAAAGAGUUGAAAAAGUGCGAAGGGAGAUAAAAGAAGGAAGGGAUCCAGGCAUAGCUUUUGCAGUAGGAAAUAGUUGGAAGCUAAAACUUUCAGGGACAGGUUUAGAAAAUGACUUGGAUUUUUUCUUCUGAUAAUGAGUAGUUAAAGUAUAGUUUUUUUUUUUUUUUUCUUUCUUUCUUUCUUUGUUUCUUCAUAAAGAAAUGCAAAUCAUAGUGGUUCAGGAUUAAAUUGAGUUAUAAUUUUUAAUGACUUGGGUUUUGAUAGGAUAGGCAAUUCUCUAAAUUACAUUUUCUACCUAAGUU